AUGGCGACUAACGCAACUCUGGACAGUGUCUUAGCUACUAUGCUCUCCAUGCUCAAGGAACUCAAAGACCAGAGAGAUGCUUCAAUGACCGCCACUUCUACUCCAUCCAAAGAAGUAGCCAUGGAAGCGCUUGCCCGAGGGAUUUUGACCUUCACGUAUGACCCUGAACAAAAUCUCACAUUUGAUACUUGGUAUCAACGGUAUCGCUCCACUUUUCUUGAGGACGGGAAAAAUCUGGACGAUUCGGCGCGCCUGCUCACAAAAUUGGAAACAGAAUCUCCGGAAACUAUCAACCUGGAAUUCAUGUUGGUGGAAGCCAAGCGUCUCCUGAAUGUGAAAAAUGAUUCCAAGGUGGAAAAUCCAUCAGUCUCAGUGAGUAGUGUUCAGAAAAGAGGAAUCAGGAAAGAGCGCCCACCAAGGCCAUGUUAUCAGUGUGGGUCAAUGCACUUUGUGAGAGAAUGUCCCCACUCUGAAUCCAAAUGCCUUGACUGUGGUAAAACUGGACACAAAACUGGCUAUUGUCCUCCUCAACGGGACCCUGGGCGACAAAAUUCAAAGUCAUCCAAGCAACAAAAGAAGAGUCGACUAAAGAGCAAAGGGAAAUCAAAUGCCCGGACGAAUGCAAUUUUUUCUCCUCGGCAAUUUGGCAGAAAAUUUAUUAUUCCCCGGAUCAAUGACUGUGCAUUGGAAUUCCAACUGGAUUGUGCAGCUGAUAUCUCCGUGAUCUCACGUGAGUCUUGGGAAAUUCUUGGGAAGCCGUCACUCUCCCAAUCAGCCAUCAGCGUGCGUGAUGCUCAGUCACAGCAGAUUCCCAUUGAUGGAGAAUUUAAAUGCCACGUAAGCAUUUUGGACAAAGAGAUCGUGAGUAGAUGCCUCGUGUCACCCAAGACACGAACAAAUCUCUUUGGAAUCGAGUGGAUUGAGGCCCUAGGAUUGUGGGACAUUGCCCCUAGCAAGUACUGCAAUUCCAUCAAGCGCGAUUUGGACACAACAGAAGCUGUCAGGGAUCUCCAGAAAUUAUUCCCGGUCGUGUUUGGUACAGAGAUUGGUCUGUGCACGAAAGUGACAGCCACCAUUCACCUGAAGCCCAAUUCCACUCCGGUGUUCCGCCCCAAGCGUCCUGUGGCGUACCACAUGACCUCUGCAAUCGAUGAUGAGCUCCAGAGAUUGCAAUCCUCAGGGAUUAUCUCACCUGUUGAGUACUCUGAGUGGGCUGCACCGAUAGUUGUCGUGAAGAAACCCAACGGAAGUCUGAGAAUUUGUGGGGAUUACUCAACGGGGUUGAAUGAGUCUGUGGAGACUAACCAUCACCCAAUCCCAGAACCGGAUGCCUUGUUCAGCAAUCUCUCGAACAAGCGACUGUUCAGCCACAUCGAUCUCUCGGACGCCUAUCUCCAGAUUCCAGUUGAUGAGGAUUCGAGCAAAUUGUUGACGAUUCACACGCCUCGCGGCCUCUAUCGUUUCAACAGACUACCUCCUGGAAUCCGAAGUGCACCAGGAAUUUUCCAGGGAAUUGUCGAGAGGAUGCUGCAGGGAAUUCCUGAUGUAGUGUCCUACUUUGAUGAUAUUUGUGUCGCUAGUGCCACUCCCGAGGAACAUUUCUCCACACUGAAGAGAGUUUUUGAGCGUCUGCAAGAGUUUAACUUCAGAGUCAAAUUGGAGAAAUACAAAGACGGACUUCGACCAGACCCUGAGAAGAUCAAUGCCAUCAAAAUGAUGCCUGCCCCGAAGAAUGUUCAGGAACUGCGUAGUUUCCUGGGAGCAAUCCAAUUCUGGGGGAAAUUUGUCCAAUCCAUGAGUGAACUCCGAGCACCUUUGGACUACCUGCUCAAGAAAGGUGUGAAAUGGAGUUGGACACGUGAGUGUGAAGAAUCCUUCAAUCGCUUCAAGGACAUUCUUGGCUCAGAGCUCCUACUCACUCACUAUAACCCUCAACUUCCCAUAUUAGUUGCAUCCGAUGCAUCGUCGCACGCAAUUGGUUGCGUCGCAUAUCAUGAGUUUCCGGAUGGCACUCAAAAAUCAUUUUAUCAUGCCUCAAGGAAGUUGACGGACACUGAAAGUCGGUACAGCCAGAUUGAAAAAGAGGCAUUGGGCAUCAUUUUCGCCGUGAAGAAAUUUCAUAGAUUCAUCUAUGGAAGACAGUUCACGCUACUCACGGAUCACAAGCCUCUUGUGUCCAUUUUUGGCAAUCACAAGGGUAUUCCUGUGCACACAGCCAAUCGCUUGCAAAGAUGGGCAUUGAUCCUGCUGGCAUACGACUUCACUAUCAAGUACACGGCUACUGAUCGUUUUGGGCAUGCGGACAUUCUCUCCAGGCUGAUAUCCUCUCGUCGACAGCAGCAGGAUGAUGUUGUGAUUGCAGAGAUCCGCUUAGAUGAAGCCCAGGAUGAUGCCGUAGUUCGAGAUGCAGCAUCACAACUUCCCGUGAGCUUCAAGAUGAUCCAGAAUGCCACGAAGUCUUCUGAAUCCUUCCAAGAGGUCUCGAAGUUCAUCACUGGUGGAUGGCCAUCUUCCACAAAAGCCAUCAAAUCUAGGGAAGUAUUGCAAUUUUACAAGAUACGUGAUGCUCUUUCUCUGAUCAAGGGUUGUGUGUUUUACAGGGACAGACUGGAAAUUCCUGAGAGCCUCCGGCCAAAAAUCCUCCAGCAACUCCAUGAGUCUCACCCAGGGAUGUCAAGGACGAAGUCUCUGGCACGAGGAUAUGUCUACUGGCCUGGUCUCGACGAUGCCAUUGAGAAAAAGGUCCGGAACUGCACGGAUUGCGCUCUCGCCAGCAAGUCCCCUGUAAAAACACCCCUUGCAACUUGGCCACUUCCAUCUCGUCCAUGGCAGCGAUUGCAUAUAGAUUAUGCUAAAUACAAAGGGGAAUAUUUUUUCCUUGUUAUUGAUGCAUUUUCUAAAUGGCCUGAGAUUUUCAAGACACGCUCAAUGACGACCGCCCACACCAUCUCACGACUCCGUGAAAUUUUCGCUCGUUUUGGCCUUCCGGAGACUUUGGUGAGCGAUAACGGGACACAGUUUGUCAAUGAGAUGUUCAGCCAUUUCUGCAAAACCAACGGGAUUGUCCACCUUCGAACAACUCCUUACACUCCUGCGAGCAAUGGACAAUGUGAGCGUCUUGUAGACACAUUUAAGCGCUCUCUUGAGAAGCAAAAGAAUUCUCAGCAAUCGCUGGAUGAUGCAUUGCAACAAUUCCUUGCCAAUUAUCGAGUUACGCCCAAUGAAAAUGCACCUGAAGGAAAGUCUCCGUCCGAAAUCAUCUUCUCAAGAAAAAUCCGUACAAUUUUCGACUUGCUCCGAGACACACCUGAGGAGCCAAUUCGUCGAAAUGAGAAGAUGGAGGAAGAGUACAAUCGUCGUCACGGUGCCAAGAAGCGAAUAUUCGAGAAGGGGGAGGAGGUGUAUGCGAAAAUAUUUUCGCCAGGUAGAAGUUUUAAGUGGACUCCAGGUGUCGUAAUCGAGAGAAGAGGCUCUGUGCAAUACAAUAUUCGCUUGGGUAAUGGCACUAUUAUUAGAUCGCACACGAACCAGCUAAAGCACCGUUUCUCUGAGACUCAAGACGCCCUGCCGCUCUUCACCUCCACUCAACAAACGCAAGGAACGCAUAGUGCAUCCCCAUUGGAUACAUCACUUCCACUUCAGUUUAAAACUGAGCCCCAGUCAUCAUCAAACUCCGUUCCUGGACCUUCCGGACAACAACAAACCCCUCAGACACCACAGAGACCUGAGUGGACAUCUUCAAGUGAUGCUGAGACACCUCCACCAUCAAGACGUGUCUUACGCCGUCGGUCCAAGAAUGUUGUGCCCAAGAGACUAUCUCAGAAGUUUUAG